AGUGUGUGUGUCGACUCCAGGGCUCACCACAACCACCUGAACUGGCUCAGGAUGGCGACCUCAUUAUAGGAGGCAUUUUUUCAUUUCACACGGGGCAGGAUUAUGUAUCUAACACAUUUCAGAUCAUUCCCGGAGUACGAAAGUGUAAAAACUUUAAUUUUAGAGAAUUCAAAUUUGCUCAAGCAAUGAUCUUUGCUAUAAACGAGAUCAACCACAAUCCUGAAAUGAUGCCUAAUGUUCAGCUCGGAUACAAGAUAUAUGAUAACUGUGGAAGCAUGGACAUACUGAGAGCCGCCCUGGCACUGGUGAGUGGAAUAAAGGGAGAAAUCAGCGAUGAUGUCUGCACUGAUGCUGAGACAGUUCUAGCUAUCCUGGGACAUUCGGGAUCAACACCAACUAUUGCAUUUGAAAGAGUUGUUGGAAGGUUUCAUAUACCUGUGAUAAGUCAUUUUGCCACAUGCUCCUGUCUGAGCAACAGGGAAGAGUAUCCCACCUUCUUCAGAACAAUUCCCAGUGACUACUAUCAGAGCAGAGCACUGGCAAAGCUCGUCAAAUUCUUCAGUUGGACUUGGAUUGGAGCAGUGGCUGUCGAUAACGAAUAUGGCCACAGUGGCAUAGCUGCAUUUAUCCAAGCUGCGCAAGAAUAUGGAAUUUGCAUCGAGUAUUCAGAAUCAUUCUCAUCGUCAGAUCCACCUGAUCGUCUCCAAAGAAUAAUAAACAUUAUUAAACAAGCUGAUUCCAGAGUCAUUGUGGCUUUUAUGUCUCACAGAGAAGUCAAGUUGCUGGCAACAGCAUUGUACAAAGAGAAUAUCACAGGACUGCAGUGGGUUGGCAGUGAUGCCUGGAUCACAGAUAAUUCUCUGACUGACAUCGAGGGACACAGCGUCCUGCUGGGUUCACUCGGCUUCACUGUCAGCCGAGCUGAGAUCCCAGGGCUGGAGAGGCACCUGAGGCAGCUCCACCCCUCACACUUUCCUGACAGUCAGUUUGUCAGAGAUUUCUGGGAGGACACGUUUGACUGCUCACUGAAUGAAACUGCGGACACACAAAGAAAACCAUGCAGUGGCUCUGAGAGCUUAGAAAAUGUAGAAUCACAAUUCACGGAUGUGUCUGAGCUGAGAUUUACUAACAAUGUGUACAAGUCAGUCUAUGCAGUGGCUCACGCUCUUGACAACCUGAUGAAAUGUGAACACGGUAAGGGGCCCUUUGCAUCUGGAACGUGUGCAGAUAUAAAACACAUUCAGCCUUGGCAGGUCGUGCAGUAUCUCAGCACUGUGAAUUUUACCACUGAGGAAGGGGAAAGAGUUUAUUUUGACGACAAUGGCGACUCACCAGCGAGAUAUGAACUCAUUAAUUUACAACUGAAAAACAAGGGAACCAUGACAGGAGUAACAGUUGGUCUUUAUGAUGCUUCUCUUCCAGUGAGUCAUCAGUUUAUAAUGAAUAACAUCCCAGUUGUCUGGGGAAAUGGACAGACUGAGAAGGCGCCCGUGUCUGUCUGCACUGAGAGCUGUGUUCAAGGAACUUAUAAAGUCCUUCAGAAAGGAAGAGCAGUCUGUUGUUAUGACUGUGUUCCCUGUCCAGCAGGUGAAAUCAGUAAUAUAACAGAUUCAGUGGGCUGCAUCAAAUGCCCACUGGAGUUCUGGUCCAAUAAGCAAAGAGAUGUCUGCAUCCCCAAAACAAAAGAGUUCCUGUCAUAUCAUGAACUCCUUGGAACACUGUUAGUUGUAUUUUCAUUAUUGGGUGUUUUUUUAACUUUGAUGACGACACUUGUUUUCUACUGUCACAAAGAAACGCCGUUAGUACGAGCCAACAACUCUGAGCUGAGCUUUCUGCUGCUCUUCUCCUUGACUCUGUGUUUCCUGUGUUCUUUGACCUUCAUCGGCCGGCCGUCUCAGUGGUCCUGCAUGCUGCGGCACACUGCAUUCGGCAUCACCUUUGUCCUCUGUAUCUCUUGUGUUCUGGGGAAAACCAUAGUUGUUUUAAUGGCUUUUAAAGCGACACUUCCAGGCAAUAAUGUGAUGAAAUGGUUUGGACCUGCACAGCAGAGAUUCAGUGUUCUGGCUUUCACUCUCAUACAGGUUUUAAUUUGUAUUCUGUGGCUAACGAUCCAACCUCCUUAUCCUUUGAAAAACCUGCUGCUGUAUGAGGACAGAAUCAUCUUAGAGUGUGCUCUGGGUUCACCUGUGGGCUUCUGGGCUGUGUUAGGAUACAUAGGACUCUUAGCUUUGUUAUGUUUUGUUCUCGCCUUUUUGGCUCGAAAGUUACCAGAUCAUUUUAACGAAGCUAAGUUCAUCACGUUCAGCAUGUUAAUAUUCUGUGCAGUCUGGAUCACAUUUAUUCCAGCUUAUGUCAGCUCACCUGGAAAAUUCACCGUGGCUGUGGAGAUAUUUGCUAUUUUAGCCUCUAGUUAUGGACUUCUCUUCUGCAUAUUUGCUCCAAAAUGUUUUGUGAUAUUGUUUAGGCCCGAACAUAACACCAAGAAACACAUAAUGGGGAAAACAUCUAAUCAUGAUAUUCAUUAUUAA